CUUAAUUACACAUGCAUAUCAUAAACUCCCAAUCCCAUUAAGGUUUGUUAAGGCAUCCACAAUCACUAGGUCGAGUGGGUGAAGAUGGCAAAAAUUGCCUUGGGAUCUCGUCAUGAGGCUGCUCAGCCUGACUGCCUCAAAGCCCUUGUAGUCGAGUUCGUUACCACCUUCCUCUUUGUUUUUGCUGGUGUUGGAUCUGCCAUGGCUGCUGAUAAGCUAACAGGAGAUGCUCUACUGGGCUUGUUUGUUGUGGCUGUGGCACAUGCACUUGUUGUGGCGGUGAUGAUAUCUGCUGGCCACAUUUCCGGUGGUCAUCUCAACCCAGCAGUGACUAUUGGCCUUCUUUUUGGUGGUCAUAUUACUGUUGUCCGAUCCAUCCUCUACUGGAUUGACCAAUUGUUGGCAUCUACAGCUGCUUGUCUCCUCCUCAAGUAUCUCACCGGAGGAUUGGCUACUCCAGUACAUACACUUGCAAGUGGGAUGGACUACCUUCAAGGAAUAGUAUGGGAGAGUGUACUGACUUUCUCCUUGCUGUUCACAGUCUAUGCCACCAUUGUCGACCCCAAGAAGGGAUCCAUUGAUGGGCUAGGUCCAAUGCUGACUGGAUUUGUAGUAGGAGCCAACAUCUUGGCUGGUGGUGCAUUCUCUGGAGCAUCAAUGAACCCAGCACGAUCAUUUGGACCUGCUUUGGUUAGCUGGGACUGGACAGACCACUGGGUUUACUGGGUUGGACCCCUUAUUGGUGGUGGACUCGCUGGGUUCAUCUAUGAAAAUUUCUUCAUCACAAGAUCUCAUCGUCCUCUUCCCAGCGAAGAAGAGCCUUUCUAAAUCUCAAAUUACCAAGUGAUGAUGGAUAUGGUGUCCCCUCUCUUUUAUCAAUGUUUUAAGUUUCUAUAUGUGGACUAUGCGCCCUGUGAUGCUACUGUGGUACUAAUUUACUUCAUGCAUCUUAGUCUCUUUGUUUAGUUUUGUCAAUUUUGUGAAUUAAUUAAUCAAUGAUCGUAAGUGCUUGAUUUUGUUAUGUUAUUAA